CGUACAUCCAAACAGUGGAUCUAAAGCCUCACCACAUAAGGAAGCUUGUAGAACAGGAACAUGUCGACUUCUCAGUUAAUGCACCCAUUCAGAGUUCGGGCAAUACACUGGCUGAAAGGAGGGGCGAAAUGCUUGUUGAUCUUGUGCAAAAGCGGUGGGGAAGCGACAUGAUUGAUGAAGAACUCCCCGCACCUCUUGCAAAUGUGACAAGUUAUGCGCGGACAAAUGUACCAGGGGUUGCGGAAGAGGCCUCGCGCAUAAACUGGAAAGAAUGUCGUCCCGGGGAUUUGGAGUCAUAUAAGAAUGCCACUAAGACGCUUUGGACUACGUUCAAAGUCAAUGGCGAAUACAAGUGUGUUUUCUUAACCUUUCGCAACCAUAAUUAUUUGCUCAAGGAUUCCAGCUUUCCACCACGCAUGAAAGAAGAGCAAUCAGGCACUCUGAUCGGGGGUAGACGUGAACGGAAAAGGUUUGCUGUGGUAUUAUGUGCUGAUAAAAACCCUGCACUACCGAAAAGUGUUAAAGUGGCAGACAUGCCUGAGGAUCUUCACGCAGGAAUUUGGUUUGAUAUCAGCCGCAAAGCAUAUGGAAAGGUUGUAUUUGUGUGAGAGAGGUUUAGGAAGACAUUUUAUGGGAGAUCAAGGAUCUAAUGGGAAGAUUUUCACGAUUAAAAUAUGUUCCAUUCAGCGCACCUGCUGGUGGUGAACAUUGAAGCGAGCAGUAGAGGAAUCGGAAACGAAGGAGGGUGAUGACGAAUUCGUUGACGACAAUGAGGACGAGGAUGAGGAUGAUAUCCUUGGGAAUCUAGCGGGCCUGUUAUAAAAGGGCAAAUUACGGUCCAGAUCCACGAUUAAGCAGGCGGACACAAUGGCCACCUGCAAAAGUACACAAUAUACGUACUCGCAUGGACAUACGACAACACUGCCGCGGCGUGGGAAGAUGAACGUCCUGACGACCUGCUAA